AUGUCUUCAUAUCCUGGAGGUGAUUCACAAGUGUAUAAACCUUAUGAAGAUCCGGCAUUACUUGAACAACAACGUCUAGCACAACAAUUAGGACCUUGUCCAAAAGGUUUACCGAGAUUAUUCGGUUAUUCGAAAAAGAAAACUGUUUGUAAAAAAUGUAAUACUACUUUUAAAAAUGUAUAUUUUCCUGAAGCUGGUAGUAUGGACAGACCACACAAUGAUUAA